AUGCGUUUCUCCAUCACUUCCGCCAUCGCUAUCAUGGCUGGUCUCACUGCUAGCGGAUCAGCCUUCGUUAUUGACACCUAUAGUGGCACCGGCUGCGGCAAUGUCGUCCAAACCGACGUCAACAUCUGGGAUAACACCUGUGCGACUUGGCCUGAAGGUUUCCAGUCUUUCAGGAUCAGAGUCUGGGGCGGUAGUCAUCAGAUGGGGUACUUCUUCGCGCCCGAUAACUGCGGGAGCCUUCCUGGGUCUAUUGGCCAAGGCUAUGUGGAUUCUACAACCUACGACUACAAGCUUGGAGACUGCUAUCAUUUCAACGGUGCAUCUGCCAAUGCGAUUGCUUCGUACGCUGGUUGA